AUGGCUUGGCGGCAUACAGCUCUGCAACAAAAUUUCUUGUUCUUUAUUGCGGCACGGCGCCGCCGGGGAUCCGAAUUAUUAGCAAGGCAGUGCAUCGAAAUGGGUGUCAAUCUAGAGGAAGUUGAUCUGCAUGGGCAGACGCCUCUGUUUUGGGCUGCAGCGCGCGGCAAUUUGGUCAUAGUGAAAUUCUUGCUUAAUCUGGGGUUUGAAGUGAACUUUCGCGACAAGGCCAGGAAGACUGCUCUCUUCUUUGCCAUUGAGAAGAAUCACAUGGACGUGGUCGACUACCUGAUAGAACGUUCUGCCUCUAUAUGGGUUCGGGCCUCCGACGGCAAGACACCACAGUUGAUGCUAAAGGCGUUGAAUCACAAGGCCCCCAGCAGGAAAAGAGAGUUGGUGUCGCCAACACCGACUUUCACGUGUCCGGGCGCGGCAACACGGAGCCGUUUUGCCCAGUGGGAAUGGGCCGGGGCCCAGGAGGAGACUGAGCCACUGAUUGAAAAGAAGGAGGACAACGUGCUCGUGGAGAACGCGCAGUACUACGUGUGUGCAUCAGUGACAGGGUGUUCGAAACGCCUCCGCCGCUCGGAACGGGAGUUUGUUGGAGAUCACGCACAUUAUCAUCAACAGGAGACCUGGUACAGCAACUUGACUCCUGAGAAUUCUGCCGCGCUCGUGAACGUGAGCAUGGGUGACGAAAAGGCACAUGAGAAGAUUAUUGACGAGUUGGCGCAGGGAUCACGGCCUCGUGCCUUCACGCUGGCAGCAGUGUCGCAACAGACUCGCACACUCGCUGGUUAUGUGUAUGCAUCUUUCACGGACGAGACGUUGAAGAUCGGCCAAGUGAAGGUGGACCGCCCCCAUCAAGAACGGGGACUAGGCGGUCUGCUACUCAAAGCGGCCGAGAAGCGAGCACAGAACUUGGGAGCAUCCAUCUCGAAAGUCAAACUCACGGUUAUCCUCCAAGACGCCAUGCUCACUGGCAACAACGGAGAAAACCUCCGGUGGAUCAUCGGCAAGUAUCCGAAGGAGUGGCAACGCCUGACAGCUCGUCUGGCAGAGAGCAACCUGCUGCUCAGAUAUCUGGGCAAGGCGCAGCCCGGAAUCUCCGACAAGACGCGCCUGGAGGUCCGCCUUUGGGCUUCCAUGCGGUCUCAGACUGUGAUGCGCACGGUGCAAGGAGCCGUGAACUACCACAUCGCGCUCGAAGCGAAUCCCACAAUUGUGUCGCCCCACUCCACCAUCUCCAAACGCUCGCAGUUGGAGAAGUACGUGGAGCUGGUCUGGUCACACCAGACGCACGGCGAAGACAACAAGAAAGACAGUGAUGUGCGGCGUCUUUUGGGGCUGUACGAGGACUACCCCAUCUACCUGGUCUUCGAUCUAGAUAUGGUCCACCUCACUACGCUGGACAGGAAGAUCAUGGGCCAAAUGGUGCGGCGAAGGUUACGUCAGGAGAUGCAAGUGCUCGAUGAGUGGCUUGACGACACGCACUUCUUCGACCACUUCCCCUACAUGUCCUGCAAGGCCAUGUACAAGAAACGGCCGCUUUUGGAAGAGCGUCGCAAGCUCAUUCGGGAGCUGGAACUCAGCAACCUCGACGGCAAGUUCAUUGCCAGUCAGGUCGAAAGCUUCGAUCCCACGUCGGUGCUGAACCUGGAGAUGGUUGAGGUGAUGCCACGACGAUUGCCCCUCAUGAUCGGCAAGAACAAAGGCAACUUGACCCAGGGAAAGGCCGGGAAUCAGUUGAUGGCCCUCCGCUUCUGCAAAGGCUUCGCGGUGCAGGCCAUGGAUGCCAACAUGGGAUCCUUCAUUGGGGAAGCUUUCAAGGUGCCCAUGGUCUUAAAGCGUUUCCAACCUCGGUUCUACAACCGGGAUCGUGUGACGGCAAGGCUGAUCGGCUUCAGAGAGCACAUCUUCACCGUUGCGCAUGGCAUUUGUGGAGACAUCAACGCCGUCGCAGAGUGGUGCUUCGGAACCUCCAUCCAGCGUGUCCAGACAUGGCUGGGUGUGCGAAUGCACUACGGCCAUCCUGACUUUGUAGAUUUGUACUGGGCCCGCAACCGCGGCUCCAUGAGCAAAGCCACCCCGCACAUCAACCUGUCGGAAGACAUCUACCUGGGCUUCAAUGUCAAGAACCGCGGCGAGAAGUCAGACCACUUCGACUUUCUGGAGUGGGAGAAGGGCAGAGAGGUGUCCUUCAAUGCAGCCAGCACUUUCUUGUACAAGAUCUCUGGCGGAAACAUCGGCGUGUGGCGCUCGAAGGACAUCACGGAGAGUGCCAUGGUACUGCCUACAAUCGACCUCUUCUCCUUCUACUUCGCCACCGUGGGCUACUUCGUGUCUCUCACGAUCAUUGACAUGACGAUGUACUUCUACGUCGGCUUUCAUCUGCUGCUGACGAUGGCCUCCGUGUCCCUCCAUGAGUUGGGUACCCUCGGCACGACGAUGUCGGUGGAGUGGAUCCUUGGUCCUGGCUUCUUCAUGUACUUGCCACCUCUGUUCGAGGGACUCUUGGAGUAUGGCGGCCUUGCCGAGGGAUUUCGCCGGAUCAUCGUGGGCUUCGACUCCACCGCCAGCAUUCUUCCUGCCGGGUCGCUGUACUGGGCCCUUACGCUGAUGUUCUUCACUUUCCAGAACAAGACGAAGUCAGCUGCCGUUCGUCAGGCGUUGAGAACGGGCACUGCGACCUACCGGGCUACUGGCCGGCCAAAUGCCAACACCAGGCUCACGCUGAUCGACACGUUCCUGCAGUACCGGACCAUGCACUACCAGGAUUCUUGCCUCUUCCUCUUCUACUACAUCCUCUACCGCAGUGCAAACAUGGGACUGGCUGGCGCCUUGCCGAUGGCUACUAUCAUCUUCGCCUGCGUCUGCUGGCUGAUUGUGCCCACCCUGUUCGCGCCGUAUCCGACCUGGAAGAACCUCUGUGAGGAUGUCGAGACCUUCUACCACUUCAUGAUGCGCUGUCCGGCGGAUCGGAGCCGCGCGGAACUUUACCACACCAGGAUGUGGAUCACGCUGUCCGCAAGCGGCAACAAGCCUGCGCAGGACGUGCCCAAAGCUGGUUCCAAAGGGCAGCCAGGCAACCUCUUCGAGGUCCUUCUUCAGGCAGCACUUGAGCAGGACACGAGGUUCAACUACCGCUUCACUGAUGACUGCAUGUCCUUACUUUGGAGUGUCGCCCGGACGAUGAUACUGUUCUCCAUCCUGCCCUCGUCGACGAUUGAGGCCACGGAGUUCUGUCUCUUCAUGUGGGUGGUCCACGCAUUCCUGGUCUUGGCCUUCGGCGUCUUCGUGGACUUGCUCUGGAUUGCUGUCUGCUUGCUGUUCUUCCUUCUGCUCUUUGCCAAAGCCACGUCGUUUCCGACCAUCCUCCUUGCUGGCAUGCUUUUCUUCUCCUUCCUGGACACGGUUUCGAAGCUUCUGCUCUUCCUCAGCCGCCGCUGGCGGAAGCUUCCCGGUCGGGGCAGGCCCGUCACCGCCAAGAACGUGCGAGUAGGUAUGAAGGUGCUGCCCGGCAAGGACUGGAUGUACGAUAUGAAGAAGGACGACGCCAAGCAAAAUGCGGCAUCAGGAUGCAGCAUGGUCGGAACAGUUACCAACUGUGACGAUUGCCAGGAGCUGGGCUACUGCGAAGUUCUCUGGGUUAACGGAUCGGAGGGCCGAUAUCGCAUCACCACCUCCUGGCAGACCGCCUCGGAUCUUCGCCGCCAUCCCGACUGGUACGCUGUUUGCGUGGAGGCGACAGUGCUCAUGUUCGGCGGCUAUCACCUCAACCUCUUCGUGAGCUUUGUGGGGCUUGCUGCGCAUUGCGCCAUCGCGGUUGUGUUAAUCGCUUUGGACAGCAACUGGUUCGGCAACUGGCAUGCGAAGAUGAUGCGAAUGCCCACUCGGAAAGAGAUGGAUGCAGCCCAUUCCAUCGAGGGGGCAGCGAAACAUGGUUCGGUGGGCGCGCCGCCGAUUGCUAUGACGGAGCUGCAGGAUGCCAUCGUCAUCGAGGACCUGAAGCGAGAGCCGUGGUCGAAGAGAGAGCUGAAGCCCAAGUCAGACCCGAUGCCGCCGGCCUGCAUCAUCGACGAUCCGGCCUACAGGGGGGCGGAGUGGAAGGAGGUCUGCAGGGUCAAGCUGAAGAAGGUCGCCAAUAAGGCAUCGGUGACGAAGCUGCGGAGGGAGUACGGCAUCGUCGCUGUGGCAGUUGAAAGCCGUGAUGGCUUAGAGUGUGGCUUGGAUGUGCCACUGCAAGCCGGUGGUUCUGUCCUGUUUGGAAUCGAGAAUGGCGUGGAGAAUUUCGAGAAACUGCGCGGGCUUAUCGGCUUGACCGAGGAGGACGAGGAUCCUCGCGACAGUGUGGAGCGAGUGUGGCUUCCCGUGUACAAGUUCGAGGUUCCGCAGGCCCUCGCUGGAAUUCCGUGGUCCCAGCGUUCUGGAAGCAUGAUGCUCGACGAGAAGGACCACAACGUGGAUUCGAGUGUCGGGGCUGCACAUCGCCGUGAGAUGGCAGACAUGAGUGAUGAGGAGGACCUGCACCUUCUCAGCACGGUGAAACUCCUGGGUCGGGUCGGACCAACCAAAUCCGCUCCGCCUGCCAUUACUCCGGCGAUGACACCGGCGACGACGCCGGCGCUGCGCACGCCCGCAACGCUGACACCACAAUCCAGGACGGGGACGAAGACUCCCGAGACGACGCCCAAGCGCAGUCCAACGGCCUGGAAGAAGACCGCACGGAUUCCAAAGGUGCCUGAGCUGCGAGCUCCAGAAAUGUGCGGCAUCGUGCGUGCCGAGGGCACGACGCAGUGGUUCCCCUCGGUAGACGAGGUGCUGGAUGAGGGCGACCUCAUGAUCCUCUCCCAGGGGGCAUUCCCUGGCGACUGGCUUUGCCGGACCGAUGCGUGCCUGCUGUCUGGGUGGCUGCUGAAAUGCGUUUUAGAUCCCUGCAGGGAGAUGCUGAAUGCACUGCCCGGAUUUGCAAUCAUGGGCGAGAAUCAGGCCAUGUGGGGGACCUUGUACGAGCUGGCGAAGAAGAGGGCUGGUGCUCUUGGGGAGUACCGGGACAGGGGCGACUCCAUGGCGUGGCGGCAAAGUGAUGAAUUGAAUUGGUCCGAAAUUCUCUGCUCCUACCAGCUCCGUGUCCUUGCGGAGAUGAACCCUCCAAAUGAUGCCCGUGUAGUGGGCUUCAAGGAGAUCAGGUGGGCUUGGUCCGAGCAGCUUCACGACCUGGAACUACUCAUGGAGGUGUUUCCAUGCUCUUUCGCCGUGCUGAACUACCGCAAGGACAUUGAGGCUGAAGCCGAGUCGCGGACAGAGGCAACCGGUUACUUUCCACCGACCAACCUGGCGGAGGCCACGAAGGCGAUGCUCAGCUUCUACGAGAAGCAUCGGCAGCGAAGCUUCCUGCUGCCCUUGGAGAACUUUUCGACGGAUCUCUUCAACCAGCUCCUCCGAUUUCUCGGCGAGGACCGGUGCUCCUUCACAGAUGUUCUCCACGACAACUCGCACUCAGGUAUAAAGCACACUGCAGCAAGUCCUACAUUCGAGUGGCCCGACUCCAGACAGGGGCCGCUGAUGGCGGUGAGUCGCCUUGCGGCGAUGGAGGCGAAAGAGACUGUGGAGCAGGAUCGCCUGGCACAAGCUCUCGCGACCAUUCAGGAUGCCACGAGCAACCUUUCAUACCUUCGUCGCUUGCAGGUAGAGCCAUGCAGCGACACCAUCGACUGGUCUGAUGCUAAAAAUGUUGCUCAAGUCGUACAAGGCUGCGCGUUCAUUACCCUGGCGAUGUGGCUCAUUUUCGCUAACAACUCCAAAGUCGCCAUUGCACAGAAGGCACCUCUGGAACAGAGACACGCCGUAUGUGCCACCAUCAGCACUGCCGUGGCCUUGCUGUCCGGCUUUUUCAACAUCCUGCAGCUCACAGCCAUCGAUGACUUUGACAUUCCGGGCAGAGGCGCCUCGACUCAGUCCUACACUCUUCAGCUGGCCCGCCCUGUCGAAUGGAUCAUGACUUGCCCCAUCUUGCAGUUGAAACUUGUCGUCCUCGCUGGUGCCCGGGUACCUUCCUACAGGCGGUUCAUGAUGCCGCUGCUCUCAGCAACCAUUCUGAUUUGCGGCAUUGCCUCCAGCUUGACGGACACGUUCAUGAUGUACGUGUGGUUCGCCUUCGGAUGCAUCUUUUGCCUGAUCAUGUUUUACUACAAUGCCCUGCAGAUCACUGAGAACAGUGAAGGAGAGGAGAACUGGUAUCACGGCAAUUCGGACUACCGUCGGCGACCCGGCUGA